AUGUCGUUGCUUAUUCUCCGAGGCCUCUUCAAGGCCCCUCCAAUUGGAGGCCGAGGUACAAGCCACAGUCUUAGUCGUAGGAAGAGUUUGGUUGGCUCGCAGAAGGUAAAUCGCCAAGAGCAGGACCCAGACGUCAAGCUGCAACCUCGAAGAGCGGAAACUUUUGUUUCUGGUUAUAGACGACGCCGUCAGUCCUCUCUUGAACCCAAAAAUGAGAAGAGAGAGGAAGGAAUUGGAAAUGAGAAGGGUGGGGGUGGGGUUGGGGUUGAUACGACCCACUCUACUCAAUUAUCAACUCCCUCUUCAACUCCCCAUCGACCUAUCUACACAGGUGACGUUGAUCUUGCCUCUGAAAGCCCAGCCCAUGAACUAGAUCGUCAGUUUGAUCGACUUGUUGCCCGCAGCUCUAAUUUACUGUUUUGGAGUUUCGGUGACCACUGCCCGUUUCAUUUGGCCAUGUGCCAACAUUACCAACGCGUUCAUGUCUGUUUGCUGUGUGGCAAUUAA